AUGAUAAUGAACAGGAUUAUAUUCGGGGUGUUUCUCAUCCUAACGUGUCGGCCCCCGGCGCCCGCACCACCCUCGACCGUCGGACGCUCCGGCGGCUCGGCCUUCCACGGACGGCUCCGGUCCGGUGCCGGCAUCCUGGCCGUUCAGGCGUCUCCUCUUGCCCCAGCACCGGCACCGGUGGCUUCCGGAGGCAGCGAUUCGAUCAACCCGUUCAUCCGGUACUGGGAGCCAGCGCGGUUCGAUCGUGGCCAGCUGGAUCUCGCCCAUCAGCACCACGAGCAGCAUCGGAGGCGCCGCCGGAGCAUCAAUUACGACCACGGUUCCUCCGCCUACGGGCCGGCCAACGUGGUGCGGCUGAACUUUCGGGCGCAUGAUCGAGAGUUCCGGUUGGUGUUGCGCGAGGAUCCCCGAUCGGUGUUCGCGCGGGAUGUCGAGAUCGAGAGCACGGCGGGACCGCUGGACUACGAUCUGUCGCGGAUCUACACCGGCACGGUCGAAGGCGACGACGACUCGCACGUGCACGGUGUGCUGACCAGUGACAACCUGUUCGACGGCACGGUCGUCACGAACCUAGAGCAAUACUACAUCGAGCCGGCCGCCCGCUACUCACCGGAACUCGAGCGCCGGCACGGUGUCCAUACUGUGAUCUACAAACUCAGUGACGUUAAAAUUCACCAGAAUCAUCACGGCCACCACCACCACGCCCAUCAGCGGCCGCCGUCUGUGGCGGUAGAACGGGAUCCCUCCCCAACACCGUCCACCGAGCGUGAUGGCACCGUGGCACCACCGAGGAGGGCGAGAGCCGCUUCCGGUGCGCAUUUGUUAACUUUAGUAAAAAACCAGUCUAGCGCUAGGAUUCAAUUCAAUCAAAAGUCUGACCACGACGACGGUGGCGACAGGAUCGAGCGGAUGGCAUCGGCCCAGCGCACCCGCCGGGCACCGCUGACGCAGACACGUAAAACACGCAGAAAACGGUGGUUACCGGAAGAAGUGAUACACGAGAGUCGAAACCCGUCAUUACCACUCGACCUGGAGGUACCGUACAACAACGACUACACGAUAGUGCGGAGUCCCGGGAAAACGGUGGCCAGUGCUGGUGGUAGCAGCACGGCGAACAGUGGGAGUGGCAGCAGCAGCAGCAGCAGCAACACCGGAAGCUUUCCGGCCCGGACCACCAUCAAUCGGACGGUUAACCGUGGCAUUAUCGGUGGCACCGGUGGCAUCGGUGCCCCGACCGGAGCGAAUGCGCCGACCCCGGCGGUGAACAAUCGCAAGAAGCACUUCCUGUUCAACACGUACAACCCGCACGGUAGCGGAAGUACCAUCAUCACCGGAGGCGGUAUGAUUGGGGGUGGCGGUGCGGAGCAGUUCCCUUGGACGCGGCCAGUGGUCAACGUGACGAGCUCGGGCACGAGCCACAACAAGGACCACUACGUGGAGAUUAUCACGAAGAACGGGUCGACGCGUAAGAACGUUCCGAUCAGCGAUGCCAGCGAUGUGAUGGUGAACGGGAAUAUCAACUUGAACGUACGGAACGAUCUGCACGAUCACCACCGCGAGCAACAGCAGCAGCAGAAGUCGUUCGCCAACUCUCUGUACGAUCGGAAGAGCACGUGUAUGCUGUAUCUGCAGGCAGACCAUACCUUCUUCCAGAAGAUGGGAUCGGACGAGACGAGCAUCGAGGCGAUCACCAGGCACGUCCAGCGGGCGAACUAUAUCUACAGCAAAACAGAUUUCAACGGUGAUGGCAAACCGGAUAAUAUCACCUUCAUGAUCAAACGAAUAAAGGUGCACAACCUGAAUGCGCUGAAAGACCAUACGUACCGAUUUCCCGGAAGCUACGGUGUGGAAAAGUUCCUGGAGCUGUUCUCCGAGGAAGACUACGAUGCGUUCUGUCUGGCGUACAUGUUCACCUACCGGGAUUUUGAAAUGGGCACCCUUGGGCUGGCGUGGACCGGUGACCUCAAGAACGCAGGAGGCGUUUGCGAAAAAAAUGGACACUACCGAGGCUCGCUGAAGUCGCUAAACACCGGAAUCGUCACCCUGCUGAACUACGGCAAACACGUCCCGCCGGCCGUCUCGCACGUCACGCUGGCCCACGAAAUCGGGCACAACUUUGGCUCUCCGCAUGACCCGGAGCAGUGUACGCCCGGCGGAGAGGACGGCAACUUCAUCAUGUUUGCCCGCGCCACGUCCGGCGAUAAGCGCAACAACAAUCGCUUCAGUCCGUGCUCGCUGAAAGCCAUCGAACCGGUGCUGAACGCGAAGGCCCGGAGUGCCAAGGGCUGCUUCACCGAACCGCAAGAGGCCAUCUGUGGCAACGGCGUGGUGGAGCCCGGCGAGCAGUGCGAUUGCGGCUGGGAGGAGGACUGCAAGGAUUUGUGCUGCUACCCGAUGUCACGCCACUCGCGCUUCGACCAGAAACCGUGCACACUGACGCCCAAGGCCCAGUGCAGCCCGUCCCAGGGUCCGUGCUGUACGCUCGAGUGUACGCUCAAGUACGGGGACAAGUGCCGCGACGACAACGGGUGCCGCGAUCCGGCGUUCUGCGACGGCACGAUGCCCGUCUGCCCGCCGUCCAUCAACAAGCCGAACAAGACGAUCUGCAACAAGGAGUACGUGUGCUACAUGGGCGAGUGUACCGGCUCGAUCUGUCUGGCGUACGGACUCGAGUCGUGCCAGUGCAGCGUCGGCCCGACCGAUCCGAGCAUCAAGGCGUGCGAGCUGUGCUGCAAGCAGCCGGGCGAGGACAAACCGUGCCUGAGCUCGUUCGACUGGAACGACCCGCCGUACGAUGUGCCGGACAUGUACGCCAAGCCCGGCACACCCUGCAACGACUACAACGGGUACUGCGACGUGGCCCAAAAAUGCCGCGAGGUGGAUCCGUCCGGUCCGCUGGCCACGCUGCGCAAGCUGCUCCUGUCGGAGGAAAGCAUUGCGAGCUUCAAGAAGUGGAUCUUCAGCAACUGGUACACCGUCGCGCUGAUCGUGACCAUCGUGUUCAUCCUGCUGGUGCUGAGCGCGAAGCUGCUGGGCAAGCGGACCAAUCUAAAGCUGAAAACGGUCACCAUCAUCCACAGUGCGACGACGGAGACGGUCCGGUUGCCGGAGGACAACAACGGUGUGAUCGUGCACACGGCCGUCCGCACGAAGGUGCCGCUCAAGAAGAAGGUCCGCGGCGAACGGACGAAACCGUCGAAGGGUCCGGCCAAGAGCAGCAAAGCGGCGGGAGCGAGCCCAGGCCAGCAACAACCGAAGCAACUGCUGGUGUGCGGAACGGGGGCCACUGGAGCGCCCACAACCACCACCGCCGUGCUACCGUGCACUUCGAAGGACCCACGGCAGGGUGCGGCCCCGACCGGUGGCGCCAAUCCAGCCACCAUAGUCAUUAAGCAGGUGAAGCGGCACGUCGGUCGCACCACCACCACGACGACCGCGUCCGGUGACAGCCCGAAGAAGCUGAUCAAGAAGAAGAAGAAACGUGCGACGACCGGCGGUGCCGGUGCCGGUCCCGGUGGCCCAUCCGAUGAGUCACCGGUGAAGGAGCCGGCGGUGGCCGUGAAGCAACCGAAGCCGAAACACAAGAAACCCAAAUCGAAGCAUAAAGAGGUGAUCGACUACUCGAGCCGUAACGCGACGGACGCGCACAACCACAGUAACACCUUCGGCAAGGUGCAGCGCUGGUUGCUCGAGUCCCCGAUCGUGGCCGGCGGUGGCGGCGGUGGUGGCACUACCCACUCCCAGUACGAGCAUGCGUCCGCCGUGACGAACAUCAUGAGCAAAAGCCAGUCGACGCCGGAUCACCUGACGACGCAACCGGUGGCGGCCCAGGCGCAGUCGGCACGGUCGCCGAAGAAGACGCGCGUGAAAACGAAAUCCGUCGGCAACCUGAACGAGAAGGUGCGGCUGCAGGUGGUCUACAAGCCACCGUUCAAGUUUAGUCUGAAGCUUUCGAAGAACGACUCGUCGACCGGCGGAGUGACCGGCGUGAAGACGCACGUCGUGGCCGCCGGCAAGCGUAAGGGCCGGGUCCUGGGUGACCGGAAGCGUGUCGGGGCGAUGGUGGUUGGCGCCGAUGAGCCUGGUCAGCCACGGAAACGAUCGGCCAUCCUGGUGCGCCCGGGAGCAGCGGUGACCGAGGAAACGAUACCCAUCAUCUCGGGUGGCUCGGGGCCUCUGGCGGAGCCGAACUACGAGACGCUGAACCCGCGUGCCGAAGAAUCGCACACGUACGAGAACAUUACGUUCGGUCACGGCGAAGGUGACAACGGCGACGACGGAACCGUAACGAACGAGCCGCAGCAGGUGCCAUCGAUCAACAGCGCCACGUUCCGCAUCAAUCGCAGCGCGAGCGGAGCGCAUUCGCAGGCCAACUUCGCGCUGGCGAAGAGUGCCACGCAACCGGGUGCGAUCGGAUUCGCCCCGGCCAGCAACAGCAAUAGUCGCGAGCGCGACAAACCACGCCGCUCCAGUAUUCACCUGAGCUCGCAGGCGACCGCGAACCGGCCGUUUGUCGGUGACAGCACCGAGUGUCUGAUACGGUCCAGCACCUCGAACCUCUACAAACCCCUGUCCGGUGCCGGCACGGGUGGUAGUGCCAAGCGUAACAGUUUCGCCGAAAAGAAGCGAUCGAGCACCUCCAACCUUAGCCGGCGCCAGUCGGGAUCGGCUUCGAACUUGCACUCCCUCAAGCGGCACGGAUCCUCGAGCCAGUUUCUGCUGCAGGACACCGUACCGUCGGGGUACGGGAGUCGGAGAAACAGUGUGACGCAGCUGCAGCACGCCCCAGCAGCGGCCAGCGGAAUGAAGCUAACGCGAUCCGCUUCCAACGGUCCCAGUAGUAGCAGUGCUGGCAAUACUAACGGUAAUCAACCGAGUGCAACGGGGGGCAACGGAACGCUCGGCAGCACCAACUCGUCCCACAGUAGCAACGCACCCUAUUCCACCCACCAGCAACACCAGCACCAACACCAACAACACCACCACCAUCAGCGGCGUAGUAGUGUAGGAACGAGUAGCAAAGCACCACUGCCAUCGACGCACGUCGGUGUGCCUCUGGCACGCCAAACGUCACUCAAUGUAAAAUCCUCCAGCUCGCACCCUGCCCCGGUGGCUGGCUGUUGGUUCCCGGCGGGUGACCGGCGACGACCCCACACAUCGUCCUGUGCGGACCCUAAGACCGGCCGGUCCGCGUUCGAGUGGCCCACGAGUGGCGCCGCUUCCGGAGCGCUGGCCACGUGCAAACCACUCGACGAUCCGCUCCCGUCCGAUCUGGAGGUGAUGGUUUCGGAUGUCGAGAAUCUUGUUACCGAUAGAUAA